AUCCAGAUGUUGCGAUUUUGUUUGCUCAUUUUGUAUAUCAUAGUUUUAUGAAGAAAUACCUUGGUUCGCAUAAUAUUUCCAAAGUUCUGCUGGCUAUGCCUAUAGUUGAUAAAUCCGGAUAUGUGAGCCUUUGUUCUAGGAGUCUAGUACCUGCAUAUAUGGGGACGUGGGUGAAGCUGUUUGGUUUGGCUAACCCAUUCAGUAUUGGUUAUGAGACUAGUAACAAGAAGUCAAUAGAACAACAUGAGGUUCUUCAUCAUGCCAAUGGUGGAGAUAAUAGUUCUUACUGUGGAAAGUAUGCUGAGCUUGGAGAUAGUUAUUUAGAGGCUGCAGAGUUUGCUGGUCUCAUUACUCCUGAAAAGGAGCUCUUCAACUUUCUUGUGAUGCACGUCAAAGCUAUAGACUUGCCUCAUAUACUACCUCCUGAUGAUGCUCUGCAAGUAGCUUCUACUCUACUGACAAGUGAACAAUCUCUGUUGCUUCUGGAUUGGAUCAAGAAAUUGAGAUCCCAACAUUGUCAAAUAAAUGGAUGGCCCAAGAAAUACGAGAUACCUCGAAGAUUUAUUGAAAGUAUUAGGAGUGGAAAAUGGAUGAAAACAUGCUCCGGCAUUAGCUCUCCCUUACAUUGCUAUCUUUAUGGCGGAAAUGAAAACGCUGUUUUACUGGAGCUGGGAAAAGCUCUCAAUGUCUUGUCAGCUAUUGAUGAAGUGUACUUUUCACAUGCGGUACGAUCAUUCAUGGAUGAGCUGGUAUUCAUUGGUGUAAAAAUUGGGAGUGAGAAUAUGUUUCAACUUAUUACUGAUCAUCUGAAGCCUUUGCUUUCCUCUAAAAUGAGUAGCAAAUUGGCAGUUUUAAUUUUGGGCUUCAUUAGGUACUCCAGGGAAAACAAUAAGCUUGAUGGGAACAUGAAGAAAUCUCUGCAAGAGGGAAAAUGGGUUAAGACUCUUCGAGGUUAUGCAUCUCCUGUUGGAUCUGUACUCCUAACUUCUGCUGAAGAAAAGGCUGUUGCACAAAUUUCAAAUUUGAAGAUUGUUUGUAGACCUAAAUAUGGGGUCAAACUUGCUUCUUUCCUGGAUGAACUGAAGUUUCUGGGUGUCACUGUGGAUUUGGAAGAAGUCUAUAAGCUGAUUCCUAAGCAUUUGAGAUUUCCAGAUAAUUUAUCUAGUUUGACUAAGGAUUCUGUGCUCCUGUUGCUUAAGUGCAUGCAAUUCACAGGUGCUGAUGCUUUUGAGUCUACACGACAUGUCUUUAGCCAAUGUUGGAUGAAGACGACAUCUGGCUUUAGAUGCCCCUCGGAAUCUGUAUUAUUUGAUCCUAUGUGGGAUCACUUGCUCAAAGUGGUUUCUUUACCCAUUAUCGAUGAAUCAUACUAUGGAAGCAGGAUUAGAUCUUACAAGGAAGAACUCGAGGCAAUUGCUGUGAUUGUAAAUCUUGAUUCAGCAAGCAAGCUAGUCGUUGAUAAACUCAAGUUGCUGAUAGCUUCAAGUGGUCUGAUUGGCACCAAGGUGAUCUCACUUUUGAAUUUUCUGAAGUGUGCCAAGAAUGAAAUGCCUUGUCUGGUAUCCGCUAUUGUUAGUUGCUUGUUAGAAGAAAUGUGGCUGAAAACUAACAAUGGCUAUAGCUACACUUCACAUGCUAUCUUGUUUAACUGCGAAUGGGCAACUGUUUCCCAGUUAGUGGACCUUCCUGUUAUCGAUGAGACUUUUUAUGGAGAUGAAAUCUACAAUUUCAAGGAGGAGCUGAAGAUGCUGGGUGUUGUGGUCAAUUUCAAUAAUGGUAUCCCCAUCAUUGUACGUGGGCUGAAGCUACCGGAAGAUCCAUCACUUGUUACAGUUGACAUGCUCUUGUCAUUACUUCAUUGUGUAGCCUCACUUAAAAGUGAUAAUUCUUCUGACCAGUCUCUACUUGAAGAUCUACUCAAAAAAUUGAGAGCGGCUAGAUGGUUGAAGACCCAUUUAGGCUACAGAUUGCCCCAGGAAGCUCUUCUUUAUGAUCUGGACUGGGAGGGCCAUCUAAAGUUACUUGAUGGGCCAUUCUUGGAUCAAAGGUUCUACAGGAAUCUUGAUUCUGUGGAAAUGGAUGCUCUGAGGAUGAUUGGUGUUAAGACAGGUGCACAAGAAGUUUGCAAUUGGUUUUUCCAAAAUUUUACUUCUCUAGUUCAGACUUGUCAGGUGAAGAGAAUCUAUAAAUUCAUGUAUAAGCACCACUGGACUCCAAAUUCUGAAGAUAAUGUGACAUGUGAGUUGUGGGUCCCUGAUGAUCAUGUUGAUGUUUGUGGGAUGUGGUUGGAUAGUGCGACAUAUCAGUGGCGGAUUAUCUCUGAUCAUCAUAUUAAAGACGGUGGUAGAUGGGUGGAUAAUCAUGAUUGCGUAAUUUCUGAUGAUUGCAACUUAUUUGCUCAUCGGUUACAUGUUCUUGAUAAGUUGUAUGAGAUGGAGUUGCUGAACUUUUUGUCCUCAGCAUUUUCUGUCGCUUGGUGUCCUACCCUUGACAAAUAUAUGGACCUUUGGAAAUUUUGGUUGGAAAGUAAUCACCAAGUGACUUCUGUGGAGUUGAAAUCGUUUUGGGGAUACAUAUUGAGAAACUGGGAUGACUUUACUCUGGAGAUCCUUGAGAGAAACAUAAAUGCUUUUCCUGCAGUUGAUGUCUCAGGGGGAAUCCAUUUGGUGGACAGAGGAGAAGUUUUCAUUGCUGAUGACUUGCAGCUUAAGAAGUCAUUCAAAGAGUCUAGCAAGAGGCCACUAUUUAUUUGGUUUCCCCAAGAUGAUUUGAAUUUUCAAAACCGACUAUCUGAAAUUUACUGCUGUCUUGGUGUUCAAAAACUUUCAGAAUCUGUUGAAUGUUUGGUGAAUGGCGAUUUUCAUCAGAUGGAUCCUGAGGACAAUAUAAUUGGGAAACUGUUAGUCAAAAUAGUUAUGGGCUUUUUGGCAAGUCGAAUUAACAUGCCAUUAGGUGCAAGGCUGAGGAAGGCUAAGUCUCUCCUUGAUCUCCCCAUCUUUGGAACUGAUAAGCCCUUGGAGGUUACAUAUUCUUUACAAGUACCUUCAUCAGGACCGGAAGUGCAUGUCGGCAUCUAUAAGAAGGUCUUCUGGGACAGAAACUCAAAGAGACUGCUUAUUCAUACACCCAGUUGGAGCAGUGGUCAAAAAGACAUUCAACUGGUGACUGAUUAUGCCAGAGCAAUAUCAGAGGUCGUUUUAUCCAAUUGCUCGGGUCAUGUGGACUUGUGCCAUAUAAUUAAGUUGGGCUUUGCAUUUGGGUUCCAAGAGAAUGAGAUUAAUGAAUUGCUGAUGAUAGAAAAUCUUGCUGUGUCUUCCGAGGACACAGACUUCAUUGACCAUGUAUUUCCACCCAUUAAGGUCCUUCCUCUUGACAAGCUUAUAAUGCCAUGUACACCAAACACCAACGUUUCCAAGAGCAAACCAACUUCUCUUGGCAAAAGGAGUCGCCUGAACUAAUACUUUUCUAGCUGCAUCAUUCUCGCAUAUGCAAGCAGCAUAGCUUAAGAAUUUAAUAGCUUCAGUUAUGGAUUUUGCUUUGUUUGUCUGGAUGAUGUUUGGUGCUGUUUUUUGCUUACUGAAGAUCCAUGCAGACUCAUACUUUUGGUUUCUCUGAAUCUACUUCCGUGAGCAGAUAAUGAACCCAGCUGAUGGAAGGACUAUCACAAAUCUUUGAAUGGAAUCAAACUGCACAGGUUGUUGGUUGUGAUGGGCAAACCGUAGAAUCUGGAGGAAUGACAUCUUUUUGUGUUUUGUUGGACUGUAAAACGCUUCUAGCUUUAUGGCCUGCCCUGUAAUCUAACUUGGAGGAUUUGUCCAGUGUCCUUUCUAAAUUUGGAUAAUGCAGUGAAUUUGUCUGACUUCUGCUGGGAUGGACGGUAAAGUAUUUGUGUAAAAUGCUGUGAAAUCAGUAGUCAGGUAAUAACUACCACUAAGUUGCUGUUGCAUCUUUUAAUUCU